AAGUCAAAAGUGCGCGGAAUAUGGCGGUUACUACUGCGCGUGAGUGCCCGCCUUGUUCAUCGUAAUGCUUGAAUAGUGUCGGCGAAAGGCGUGAGAAAAAGACUGAGGCGCCAAGAUGCACAUCAAGAGCAUCACCAUCGACGGCUUCAAGUCGUACGGACAGCGGGUCGACAUCAAGGGAUUCGACCCGCUCUUCAAUGCCAUCACGGGACUCAACGGCAGUGGCAAAAGCAACAUCCUGGACUCGAUAUGUUUCGUGCUCGGCAUCAGCAACCUGUCGCAGGUGCGUGCCGUCAAUCUGCAGGACCUGGUGUUCAAGAACGGGCAGGCGGGCAUCACGAAGGCCACGGUUUCCAUCACCUUCGACAACCGCGACCAGCGCCAGAAGCCCGUCGGAUACGAACACUACGACGAGUUCACCAUCACCAGACAAGUGGUGGUAGGUGGCAGGAACAAGUACCUCAUCAAUGGUGUGACGGCGACCAGCAACCGGGUGCAGGACUUGUUUGGGUCGGUGCAGCUCAACGUCAACAACCCUCACUUCCUCAUCAUGCAGGGCCGCAUCACCAAGGUGCUGAACAUGAAGCCGCCCGAGAUCUUGGCCAUGAUUGAAGAAGCGGCUGGCACACGUAUGUACGAGAGCAAGAAGCAAGUGGCGCAGCGCACCAUCGAGAAGAAGGAGGCCAAGCUGGCCGAACUGGACAGCGUGCUGAACGAAGAGAUCACGCCCACCCUGAACAAGCUGAAAGAGGAGAGGCAAGCGUACCUGGACUACACCAAGGUGUCGCGAGAGCUGGAUCACCUGACAAAGUUGUACGUCGCGUGGCAGUAUGUCAAGACUGAGGAGCUCAGUCGGACCUCGAAGGAAAAGCUGGAGAAGAUGAAGGCGACCGUCGAGCAGUCCAAGGCCUCCGUCGAAGAGCUGCAGGCCAAGACCAAGGAAAUGAGCAAGCUCAUUGCAGCCAUGGAGCGUAAGAAGGACGAGGAGACGGGUGACAAGCUGGAGACCCUGGAGCGUCGCCUGAAGGAAUGCCAACUGGAGGAGACCAAGGCCAACUCAGACUUGCAGUUCAGCAAGGGGCGCAUCAAGGAGGAGCACAAGACACGCACUGGUCUCCAGAAGAGCGUCGACGAGGACAAGGCCACCAUUGCGAGCAAGGAGAAGCAGGUGGUGAAGUUGCAGGAAACACUCGUCCAGCUGGCCGAGGAGAGCGAGAAGGACGCCGAGGCCAUGGCCGCGGCCCACAAGCACUUCCAGGCGGUCAGCGCUGGUCUCGCGAGCAAUGCCGAGGGAGAGGAGGCCACACUUGCCGAACAGUUGAGGGCUGCCAAGAGCGACAUUGCGGAGGCCGAGACCGAGAGCCGGCAGACGGAGAUGCGGCUCAAGCACUCGCAGGAAGAGGCCAAGAAGAAGCAGGCCGAGUGCAAGAAGACCGAGGCCAGCUACCAGAAGGACGAGGCCAACAACCGCAGCAUCGAGAAAGAGCUCAAUGCGAUACGGGCCCAGCUGAGCAAGCUCAACUACGAAGAAGGCCGUGAGGAGAACCUUCUGAGCCAGAAGCAGCAGUUGCAGCGGGAGAUUCAUGGCUUGCGACAGAACGUCGACAUCUUCGAGGCGAGGAACCAGCACCUGUCGUUCCAUUACACAGACCCCGUGCGAAACUUUGACCGACGGAAAGUCUACGGCCUUGUCUGUGACUUGUUCCAAGUGAAGGACCAGCGUGCUACCCGUGCUCUCGAGAUGGCUGCUGGGGGCAAGCUCUUCAACAUUGUGGUCGACAACGAGGAGACUGGCAAGCUGCUGUUGAAGAAUGGUCGUCUCAAGCGCCGUGUGACCAUCAUCCCGCUGAACAAGAUCACAGGGCGCGACGUUGAACCUCAAGUGAUCAAACGGGCCCAGAGCCUGGUUGGCCGAGACAACGUGUUCUCAGCGCUGUCCCUCGUUGACUACCCACCACACCUGGCGCCCGCCAUGAAGUUUGUGUUUGGUACCACGCUGGUUACAACAAAGAUUGACGACGCCCGCAUUGUGGCGUUCGACAACGGCGUGCAGAAGCGGACAGUCUCGUUCGAUGGGGCCUCUUUCGACCCCUCUGGUGUCAUCUCUGGAGGUGCACAGCCCAAGGGUCCCAGCACGCUGGAAAUGGUCGCCCAGAUCCGGAAAGACCGCACAGAACUGGCAUCUCGGGAGGAGGCCUACGCGAACAUCUCCAAGGAGCUCGCCGGAAUACAGGCCGUGGCGCAAAAGUACAACCGGCUAAAAGAGGAGUCGGACUUGAAGGAGACCGAGUUGGAGCAGCUGCGGAGUCGACUCCAGCAGAGCACACACCACCAGCUUCUGCAGGAAUACCAGGCCCUCCAACAAACCAUCGAGGAGUCGAAGGCCAAGCUCCAGGCUUGCAAGGAGACUCAGAAGAAGGCCUCUGCUCGCGUCAAGGACCUCGAGGAGAAGGUCAAGGAUGCCAAGAACAUUCGAGACCGGGAGCUGAAGGCAGCCGAGCAGCAGAUCUCCAAGUGCAAGAAGAAGGCGGACGAGUCGGCCAAGAAGGCCACUGCCAAGAAGCAGGAAGUGGAAGGGCUCAACUUGGAAAUCCAGGAGCUGGAGAAGUCCAUCGCGAGCUACAGUGAACAGAUGAAGUCGAGCGAUGCAAUGCUGGUCGAACUCGAGGAGAAGCUGGCACAGAACGAACAAAAGCUGGCUGCCGCCAAGGAGAAGGUGAAAGAGGCCGGCGAAGAGGUCAAGGCACAGAAGGAGAAGCUGAAGGCAGCGAGCCGCGAGAUCGCCGAGAAGUACGCUGAGCGAGCCGAGGUCGAGAAGCAGGCCGACCAGCUCAAGCUCAAGAUCCAGCAGUGGGAGCACGACGUGAACAAGAUUGACCGCGAGGCUGGAGAUGCCGUUAAGAAGCUGGAGGACAUGGUCAGUCACUACGAGUGGAUUCCCUCGGAGCGAGUUUACUUUGGCAAGAGCAACACCGAGUACGAUUUCGAGGCCAACAACCCGACCGAUGCUGGGCGACGUAUCCAGAAGCUGUCCGAAACGAAGGAGAAACUGGGCCAGAACGUCAACUCGCGCGCCCAGAACAUGCUGCUGAAGGCCGAGGAAAAGUACCAAGACCUGCUGAAGAAGAAACUUACCGUAAGGCACGACCGGGACAAGAUUAUCGACGUCAUCCGCGAGCUGGACGAGAAGAAGAACAUGGCCCUCAAGGAAGCCUGGAAGAAGGUCGACAAGGACUUUGGCUCCAUCUUCUCGACGCUGCUCCCUGGCACGGAUGCCAAGCUUGUUCCUCCCGAUGGCAUGGACGCGCUUCAGGGUCUCGAGGUCAAAGUGGCAUUUGGUGGCGUGUGGAAAGAAUCUCUGCAGGAGCUCAGUGGAGGACAGCGGUCACUGGUGGCCCUGUCUUUGAUCCUGUCCUUGCUGCUCUUCAAGCCAGCACCCAUCUACAUUCUGGACGAAGUGGACGCCGCGCUUGACCUCUCGCAUACGCAAAACAUUGGCCAGAUGCUGCGUGCCCACUUCAAGCAGUCACAGUUCAUCGUGGUCUCUCUCAAGGAAGGCAUGUUCAACAACGCCAACGUCCUCUUCCGAACAAAGUUCGUCAACGGCAUGUCGACCGUGUCUCGCACGACGCAGAGCAUCGAAGGCAACAAGUGAACGUGGCCUCGCUGCAAUCACUGGGAGCACAUGGUUUUCAUCUUCCCGAUACCUUGUAUAUAUUAUCUCAUCACUCGUAACAUCACUUAAUGGCGAAUUUUAUGGCGCAUUUAUUUUAUGCUUUUAUUCUGCAACAAUGGAUUAGU